AUGGCGAAGGUCGUGAAUUUACUGACCACUAGAGGCCCAGUUUUGGCCAAGAAUGCAAUUGAAGCGGCGAAGCCUAAAUUUGACACAUUUUUGAAAUACGCCAAGGUGGAAUUGGUGCCACCCACUCCAGGUGAUAUUCCACAAAUACGAUCUGGAAUUCAGAAGAUUUUGUCAGGAGCUAGAACAGGAAGAUGGAAGCAACUUACAGUGAAAGAAGCUUGGUUGAAUACUCUCGUAACUGCAGAAGUUUGCUUUUGGUUCUUCGUGGGAGAAUGCAUUGGCAAGAGAAGCAUUGUAGGAUAUCAAGUGUAA